CCAGGGCUGUCCAGCAUGGCGCACAACAAAACCAGCGUACUGAGGGGCCUGCUCUUUUCCAGCCUUCUGCACCUCACACUGAGCCAUGCCGGAGUUUUCCUGGAAAAGGGGGAGGCACUGUCACUGCUCAAGCGCCCACGACGUGCCAACAAGGGAUUUCUGGAAGAGAUGCUUAAGGGCAACCUGGAGCGAGAGUGCCUGGAGGAGACGUGCAGUUACGAGGAGGCUUUUGAAGCCCUUGAAUCCACCGUUCAGACGGAGGCAUUUUGGUCAAAAUACCAAGUAUGUCAGGGCCUGAGAAAGUCCAGGACAGUUCUGGAUGCUUGUCUAGAAGGUAACUGCUCUCUUGGUCUGGGCCAGAACUAUCGGGGGACAAUUAGCUACACCAAAUCAGGGAUUGAAUGUCAAGUGUGGACAAGCAAAUAUCCACAUAUACCUAAAUUUAAUGCCACCGUUUAUCCAAACCUCACUGAGAACUACUGCAGGAACCCAGACAACAACGCAGAAGGCCCAUGGUGCUACACCCGAGACCCAACGGUGGAACGGGAGGAGUGUCCCAUCCCAGUGUGCGGUCAAGAAAGGACGACAGUUGAAUUUACUCCACGGGUCACACCACCUGCCCCAGUGGAGCCCUGUGAAGAAGAGAAAGGCAUGCUUUACACAGGGACCCUCUCGGUCACUGUGUCUGGAGCUAAGUGCCUGCCGUGGAACUCUGAGAAAGCCAAAGAGGUGCUCCAUGGAAAACACAUCGACCCAGAGGUGAAGCUGCUGGAGAAUUACUGUCGAAAUCCCGACGGAGACGAUGAGGGUGUCUGGUGUGUCACAGAUGAACCACCCAACUUUGAAUAUUGUGAUCUGCACUACUGUGACAGCUCGCUAGACGAUGGGAACGAACAGUUGGAGGGAAUAUCAGGACGUAGUACGCUUCCUCAAGAGUUCAAAACCUUCUUUGAUGACAAAACUUUUGGCUCAGGUGAAGCAGAGUGCGGCACUCGUCCUUUAUUUGAGAAGAAAAAGGUAACGGACAAAGGUGAGAAGGAGCUGCUGGAGUCCUACGCAAAAAGCAGAGUUGUGGGUGGGGACGAUGCAGAAGUUGGCAGUUCCCCCUGGCAGGUGAUGCUCUACAAAAAGAGUCCUCAAGAGCUGCUGUGUGGUGCCAGCCUCAUCAGUGACAGCUGGAUCUUGACUGCUGCUCAUUGUCUUUAUUAUCCACCGUGGGACAAGAACUUAACUACAAAUGACAUCUUGGUGCGGAUUGGCAAGCACAUAAGGGCAAAAUAUGAAAAGAAUAAAGAGAAAAUUGCUCUGUUGGAUAAAAUCAUCAUCCAUCCCAAGUACAACUGGAAAGACAACAUGGACCGAGACAUUGCACUCAUGCACUUGAAGAGACCCAUCAUCUUCAGUGACUACAUCCAUCCUGUCUGCCUGCCUACCAAAGAGGUCGUGCGGAGGCUGAUGCUGGCAGGUUACAAAGGGCGAGUAACUGGUUGGGGAAACUUGAAAGAAACAUGGGCCACUAGCCCAAGCAACCUCCCCACAGUUUUGCAACAGGUCAACGUGCCCAUUGUAGACCAAGUUAUCUGUAAGGCAUCCACCAAAGUUAAAGUCACUGACAACAUGUUCUGUGCAGGUUACAGUCCUGAAGAGACAAAGAGAGGAGAUGCCUGUGAAGGGGACAGUGGGGGACCUUUUGUAAUGAAGAACCCAGACAACAACCGUUGGUAUCAAGUGGGAAUAGUUUCAUGGGGAGAAGGCUGUGACCGAGACGGCAAAUAUGGAUUUUAUACCCAUGUAUUCCGCAUGAAAAAAUGGAUGCGAAAAGUCAUCGAAACACAAUAGAGGAAGUGUUUACCUUGCUUGCUCUCAGUUUUGCUACAAUGCUCCAGUUCUUAAAAACAUAAGCAUAGAAGAUGAUGAAGUAAGACAGUUAAAUCCUUACAACUCAACAAAACAAAGUAUUCUCCCUUGAAAAUAAAAGUUCUGAAACCCAU